CGGGUCAUACUAGUGGGAGAGUGACCUUUGUCAACAACAUGCACCGUCUGCACCGCUAGCGUUCCACGCGAAAAUCCACAACUUGCUCGCCUUGAAAGAUUCACCUCGAAACCUGGUAUUUCUCGUCCAAAUGAUACCUUGAGUACCCUGUAAAAAAUAUGGACCCCUUUGUGUUAUUUCUGAUGUGACUGCGUUACGCAACGGUGGUAAAAUUAGCAGAAUAGAAAGGACAGCAGACUACAAUCAGCGACAGCAGAGACUUGACUCGUUGACGACCAAAGCCAAGGCAUCAACUGUGUUGUCACAGUGUUUGUCUGCCGGAGUACAUUUCAGCUUGAGUGAAUGCAGGAUGUGACUUGUGAGCAAGCAAGAAGAUGGCAUCAAGGAAACCUUUCACAUAAUCUGAAAAUUGAACAUUGACAUUCAUUAUCAAUGCCAAUCAUGAGGGCUGAUGGGAAGGCUGAUGGCUCUUCUGACGGCCGUAGCCGUUCCCACUUUCACCGUAGCUUCCCCAACAGUUUCCAUGCUCAGACCGAGGACGUGAAAUCGCAGAGCGAGGAUGUCCUCUCAGCUAUGAAUGCGCUGUGCCGAUCCAGUGCUCUCUUGUCUGAGACCUUCGUGGGCGUGUUCCAAGACACGCCCUUCAUGGAGUUGGCAUUGCGAUUGAAGCAGGUGUCUCAAGACCUAGCUGCCAGAACACUGAAUGCUACUGAACACAUUCAAGAGGAUGGCAUUGCCAUGGUUACCAGACUAAUAGGGCGGGGCACCAAGGAAAGAACCGAUGAAGGAGUUCAGGUCCUAGCCAGAUGCUUUCUUCUGAUGCUCCAAACACAUUGCCAUUUCUUCCGGUCAGCGGCCGAUGUCUUCUCUCCCCUAGGUGGCUAUGAGGAGGUGGAAGAUGUAUUGAUCGGUGAACGAUGUGAAGACCGAGUAAGAGAGGCCUGUAGCACAUGGAUAGCUGUGUCACAGGCAACCAAAUCACUUCGGACAGGGAUGACCCUCACACCAAAGGAAUGUCAGUUGUUGGAAGAAGCUCAUCACCGUAGAGGUCAACAGGUUGAUUCCAAGGUGUCAGAGGUCAAGCAGAAGUUGGAAAUUCAAUCAUCGGCAUACAAGCAGGUAUUAUCCGAACUCCCUCGUACAGAGUUUACCUUGAAUGGUGGCUUCCAUCUCCAAUCACAGUGCUCCUCACUCAUAUUGCAUGGUUGCUGUAGCAACACAGAGUCUAAUCAGCUCCUUAGCAACCAAUCAAACAAGCUCUUGCAUCAGGCUAUGCCAGCCGAAGAGAGCCAACCGCAGCAACUUGCAACAGAGGAAUUGAGGGCGCUGUUACAGACAGACCUUCAGGAUGUAUCCUUGCAGGUUGAAGGAUCACCUUGUCAAGUGUCCCAGAAUCCCGAAGAAAACUUGAAGUCAAAAUUGCAAGCAGUUAAAAACCUGGUGAAGGAAACAUCCUUGCAGCUCGGUGUUGGAGCAAACAAAGAAAAGAUAGCCCUGGGAUUACUUACCGAAGCCUGCCCAUCAGUAGCUGAAUUCCAAAGCAGACUGGCUGUACAACUCAUCUUUGGCAGAGCCAAUGUGGUGAGCAUCAAGCCUUCCAAUCUCCAUGGCAACCUCCAGAAAUACGCUCAGAUUUCGUCUCAGGAAGGCGCUUUCAUUAUAGAAGUACCGACAGUCUGGACCCUGGAGCAGGCCUACCGGGUCAAACCAAUGGCUGGACAGGAGACUAGUCUGGGCGUGGUUGAGGUUGUUUAUGUCAGACAGCUUGAACUUUCUGCGCUGGUGGAAGGCAGGAAACUUCCCAUACCAACAAUCAAAGUCAAACUCCGUCAAGUGGAACAAACCUCCCCUCCAUGCCCCACUCCCCAGGGGAAUUCAAAAUCCCCAGGGGACAGUGCCCUUGGCUCUCCCCUGGGUAAAGGCUUCCGUCACACUAUGGAGAAAUUAGCAGCCAAGUUUGGUCUAGGCUCAGGCCCACUGCCCAAAGCUGCUAGUAGUGAGUUCUAUGUAAGUGUGGAUCUGGCACCAGAAAAGCAAGAUCACCUGACCAAUCACAGAUCAGAUGAUGUCAUCAACAGCCAAUCAAAAACUAAGGAGGAGCCAUCAGUUCUGCAUAAAGAGCCAAUGAGCUGCAGUACCCCGAAGAGAGAGGUUGCAAAGGAUACUGUUCCCAUGACGAUGCCGCGCCCAACAAUGAUUAAUCCUACUGUCACCAUUACAUCCCACCCCAGCCCAACAGAAGAACGGGUCCCUUGGAAUAAGAGUAUCAUUGGCAACAAAGGUCGAGCCAGGACAGCCAGGAAAGGGUUUGCAUCAGAUGCUGAAGUCCAAGAUGUGGUUGACCUCUUAUCAGGGGUCACCAGAGCUCCUCAGCCUGUGAUUGGUCAACACUUAGAUACCUUUGGCCAAUCCCAGCGAUCGCCUCAGAACACCACACCUACUUCCAGCUCUAGUAAUGGGAGUACCCGUAGUGCAGUGAGUGGUGUGUGGCCUACUAGUGGUAGCAUAGACCCAAACCCAGCCAAGUACGGUAAUUUUAACCCUUCCUUCCAAGAGGCGGAGUCUCAAGACAGGGUGAGAGAAAUCCCUCCAACAACCAUGAACAUGGUAGCUGUCUCCAGGGCCUGGUCUCGGCCAGUUUCCAUUCAGCCGGCUGCUUCCCACCAGCAACAAUCAGGCCAGUCAUUACACCAAACUGAACCGUUUGGCAAACAUGAUGCAGAGAGGAACAUUGUGUCAAUGUACGACAGCUCCAGCACAGAUGCCGAGUUUGCUAAAUACAUCGCCACCAAUUUCCUGGGAAAGAGAACAAAGGGUUAUGCCAAGGAUCUUAAUAUGGUUGGGGACCAGUGGGGUUUCCCAGACAGCCGGUUGAAUCAAACAUGGCCACCUCCACCAGAAGGAACAUCAGAAAGAACCCCGGAGCAUCUUAGUCACAGCUUCACUGGUCAACAGGACUCUGGUAGCUCCAGUGAUGAAUCAGGAGAAAACGGCGACACUGCAUUCUCCAUGGGUCUGGGGUUAACAGGGCCAAACUUUGUUGCUUCUGUCAAUAGAAGGAGGCACAGUAGUGGAGGUGAGGAGGUGGUCCAUCAUGGGCGGAGCUUUGAUCCAACUGGACAGGCGGCAAUGAAGUAUUUGGAAGUUGCACAGAUGGAGCCGAAGUCUACUAAGACCUGGCCACCCAAGGUGCUAUGGCAACGACCUGUCUCCCCUAACAAUGGUGCUUCCCAACCUUCUGCUCCUUACCCAGUCCCACCUCAAGAACAACUGCUUGUCCAUCCACCCCUGACGCCACAGUGGAGUGACCCAGUGACCCUACGCCAGCCCCCAAUGUGGCCUCCUACUGGUGGGUCCACCCCUGUAUCUCCAGCGGGGUCAUUGUCAAGACUGACCCCUAUACAGCCUGGUCAGCAGGGUUCCUUGGGAGGAGGGGCUGUAGGUGGGCUGGGUUGUGUACAGUCUGGAGGAAUAUCAAGAGCACAUCCUAAACUAGAUCGUAAGUAUGCUUAUAGCCAGUACUAAACAAACCAGUUGCCUGUGUUUCUUAAGUUUGACAAUCUUUUGAUUAGCACCAAUAUCUGUCUGUUUUUUUUAACUUUCCAUGGAAGCAGUCUGCAUUAUAGCAAAGAUGUACUGGUAGGUUUUCUUUUUUUUUAGUUUGUAACUUUCAAAUAACAAAUGGUGCAUUGGUCAAUGUUGCCUCAACAGAGACAUGUAAUUGUCACUUUUUAUGACAAAUGUUGCAGAUACAUGUUCACUUUGGUUUAAAUAUUAAACUUUUUCUUUUAAGUAGUGAUUUCAAAACUUUAAUCAAAUUUUCUUCCGACAAAUUUACCUCAUUUAGAGUCUGAAGAGAUUAUAUUGAGUACUGACCAUAGCAUUGAUUGCUGGAACAGAACUUCUUUAGAAAAAAUAAUUUAAAGAUAUAUUUUGUAUUUUUUUUUACAAAGCUAAGGCUUGAAUCACAUGAAGGCCCUGUUUAGAAGAAAUUAAAAUCAACCAUAUAAAGGACAGUGUUUGAAAAUAUUUGACAUAAAUUCCUUUUCCUUGACAAAAGCACUGACACAGAUAAGACAAACUUUGAGUUUUCUCUUUUGGAUCAAUCAAAAACUAAUACUUGAUAUGUAAUUUCAACAAAGCUGGCUUGGUUGUCAAUAGUGUACAUGUACAUAAGCACACCUGUGGGCCUGGUGCCCUGCACAGCGACAUUUGUACCAAGAAGUUCAGAUGAAUAACAUUUUGUAUUGUGAAGGUGUGGUGUGGUUAAAAGAAUGACUUUUUUGUCUAUAAAAAACUAUGGGAAUCAGAUCGUGUUUGUUUAUCAUACUGCUGAAAUUUUCUUGCCUACUUUAUGACUCCGAACAUAUUAUUGAUCAUAACAUUGUGUGAAAUUUGACUCUGUUAUUGAGUUGUUGACCUGUGUUUUGACAGUGCUUGGGGUUUUGCUCUUGACAAACCUGUACAGUUUUUGUAUUACAAAGUCACAUUUGUUGUUGGCAACCAGUUUUGCAGUGAUGUGGAAUUUCAAACAAAUCUUCCAUGAUGAUAUUCCUGCGAAGGGCCAUAGAGCAGUUCGGUAGCACUUCUUGUCAAACCGCCCCUCCAAAUUGUUCCAAACCCCUCCCUUCCCAGUGGUAAGUAGGAUCCAGUGUGCAGGUUACACUUGGAGGUCUUCAUGCACUUUCUGGGGGAGUACUCUAAGGGGUAGCAUAUCAACAUUGAGCAAUCCAACCGCCAUACGUUUCCUUUCCAAAUUUUAAGCAGUAAAGCAAGGUUGGGAGAUUACAUAUAUAACAAUGCAAUGCACACGCCCAGCUGCAUGUCACAUCACAGAAACUUUCCUAUUGCUCUUCCAUUAUCCUUGGCCAGAUCACUGUCUUCAAUUUAACUUCCGUCAACAAUUCUAUCAUUACUUUGAGGAUUUAAAUGAGUGUUACACAUUUGAUUUCCAAUAGUGCAGAAGUUGCGGAUUUAGUUGCAAAAAUUACAGCGUAUACAUGUACAUAUGAUAAUAUUUGCACAAUCUGUGCUCCAGAAAAAAUUAAUCAGGCUUUUGUAGCAUUUGAGAAGAGAAACAGUACAAGUUUGAAUGUAUAAAGCUGAAGCAACUUUGUCCAUGUUUGAUUUGGAGGUGUUGACUGUUUUUCCUGUAUAGGUAAUGUUAUUCAUAAUCAUGGCCUCUUUGAAGUGUUGAGCUCUCAAAAUACAAGUUUUCUGUAAUUCAAAACCUUUAUCCAAGUGAUAGUAAAAAGACAGUGUGUGUUACCUUUCACUUGAUGUAUGGGGGGUUGAAUGAGGAUUUGUCUCUAUUAUGGGCUUGACAAGAAUUUAGAUUCAUGUCUGUUUUUCCAUAUUUUGGCAUGUACAGUUUUAAUAUUGUUGAAACACACUUUCAUACACAGAAUUUUCUGUACCCUGACAUUCUUCCAGUACCUGGCUGGUCCAGAUUGCUGAAGGAAUAAACUUUUUCUUGAUAGAUAAACCAGUGAAUUCUUUCAUUGUAUCAGGUGCUACUUCUACAACUAUGGCCAAAAUGUUUUGGUCAAGACUGACAAUUACCAGUGCAUCUAUGUAAAAACCAUUGGCUAGCAGCCAUAGCCACUUCCCGUAGACAGUCACCCUCAGCCAGUUGAUUGGACAUGGCUUGAUCUUGGGAGACGAACAAAUGCAUCUUGAUUGUAAAUUUACCACUGAAUAUUAACAUUGCGCUGAUGCAGUAAACCACAAAGUGCACAUUGUUUGGGCACCGGUGAUUCAUGGAGUUGCAGGGUACCAGUUUGUGGUGGACAUACCAACUAAUAUCAUUCUUCACACAUUAUGCACUGACUCCCAGCAUCAUGUUUUCCUCGGUCUCUAUGGAUUUCCCUGGUAUUCAUUAGCCAGGAUGAAAAAGGAUCCUCUGUACAAAGCAAUCAAAUAAGCUCAAUAAAAAAAUGAACAAAUGUUUGGAUGAAUAUUGUUAUUUACUUAGCUGUACGUAUUGCAGUACACCUUGAUAACUAGAAUAACAUUUGCAUUGAAAAAGGGAAAAAAUUAUAUGGUGCUUGAAAUGUAGCAGACAAAUGCUGAAAUAUGGUACACGGAUUACUGUUAUGUAGUAAUGAAUUGUGUAGGAUAAACAUGAAAUAGCAUAAGCUGCAAACUAAUCUUUAGGCUUUCAAUUCUUGAAAUACAUUUCGCAGAUUACAAUGAACAUUGCGUAUAGAUAGGCUGUGCAUAUUUGUUACUGAGAACAAGGACUAAGUUUAUUUCUGGAAAGGGUGGGAGUCCCUCAUGUUUAAUCUGGUUUUACUGAGUUGAGAUGAUUUACAACCAGAACUGUGAUUUUUCUCUCUUUUUGUGGACAGUUGCUUUUAGAAAUCAGUACUAUUGUUCACAGGGAUAGAUUUUCAGAAGUGUAAAAAUAAAUUUGCUGUCACCAUUUCCACAACUUUGGGUUAACUGUAUUCUCUGAUGAGACAAUUCUUUCUGAAACUGACACUUGGAAAUAUUGAUUGCGGUUACAUAAAUUUGGAAAUUUUACCUUAGAUGGUUGCUUCGCCAAAAGGACUUGGAUCAAGUUGAUUAUUUCAGUAAAGGAACUACUAUAGUGGAAAUGAAGUGACAAGAACUGUCUUAGACUUUUCAUUGGAACUUACUUUUUGAUUGAAUAAAAUUACAUGUUGAAUGUUACUCUUUGA